AUGUCUAGUGAUAGUGAUGAUGGAAGUGUACGAUCGAAUAGAUCAACAACUGUGUUGGUUCCAGUUAUUCCAGGAGUGGGUCCAGUUGGAGAACUGCCUGAUGGGUAUACGUUGAAGAUUGUAAGAUCUGUAACAAAUUUGACAGCGCACAUUCUCAUUGGAGCUACAGUUGGGAUUUGUUUAUUAUUUGGAUUUAGAAAUGGACUACCUUUAGACUCCACAUCAAUUCAUAUAGUUCUGUGUGUUAUUGGAUACCAGCUACUGAUGGCGGAAGCAAUAUUGUGUUUAUCUCCCGAUAACUCCUGGACAGCAUCCUACCGAGUCAUAGACAAGCGACGCGCGCAUUGGAUAUUGCAAAUCGUAGGCUCUGUCCUUGCUAUAACUGGAAGCUUCCUUAAAUUUGCAGACAAAACCACCCAUUGGAAUAGCUUGCAUGGCAAAUUUGGUCUCGUUGCUUUAGUGUUCACAUGCGUGUCUCUAGUGAAUGGGCUAUCAUCUCUCUACGCUUACGAGCUCCGUAACUUAAUACCUGGUAAUAUCUCGAAAUUGACUCAUAUUUGCUUCGGAACCGUUGCCUUCGUGGCCGCCAGCGUCAGCCUUUGUUUCGGGUUCAACAAGCAAUUCUUUAUCAACUGGGCCACUUUGCCAUUAGCAUACACCAUAAUGGCAUUUACGGGUAUUUUUACGUUAAUUGCUAUUGUGAGUCCAUUUGUUACUUUUGUUAGAAAAGUUAGAAGGUAA